AUGUUUGCGCUGAUGUUCAGUGAUAACCUGCGCUUCGCCUUACGACAUCGCCUCGCCUCGUCCGUCACGUCUACUAAGACCGAGACCGAGACCGAGACCGAGACCGAGACCGAGACCGAGACCGAGACCGAGACCGAGACCGAGACCGAGACCGAGACCGAGACCGAGACCGAGACCGAGACCGAGACCGAGACCGAGACCGAGACCGAGACCGAGACCGAGACCGAGAUCGAGACCGAGACCGAGACCACCGAGAUCGAGACUGAGACCGAGACCGAGACCGAGACCGAGACCGAGACCGAGACCGAGACCGAGACCGAGACCGAGACCGAGACCGAGACCGAGACCGAGACCGAGACCGACACCGAGACCGAGACCGAGACCGAGACCGAGACCGAGACCGAGACCGAGACCGAGACCGAGACCGAGACCGAGACCGAGACCGACACCGAGACCGACACCGUGAACGAGACCGACACCGAGAACGAGCGAGACGUGAUCGAAACCGAGACUGAAACCGAGACCGAGACCGAGACCGAGACCGAGACCGAGACCGAGACCGAGACUGAGACCGAGACCGAGACCAAGACCGAGACCGAGACCGAGACCGAGACCGAGACCGAGACCGAGACCGAGACCGAGACCGAGACCGAGACCGAGACCGAGACCGAGACCGAGACCGAGACCGAGACCGAGACCGAGACCGAGACCGAGACCGAGACCAAGACCGAGACCAAGACAGAGAUUGAGACUGAGACCGAGACCGAGACCGAGACCGAGACCGAGACCGAGACCGAGACCGAGACCGAGACCGAGACCGAGACCGAGACCGAGACCGAGACCGAGACCGAGACCGAGACCGAGACCGAGACCGAGACCGAGACCGAGACCGAGACCGUUACCGAGACCGUUACCGAGACCGAGACUGACAGACUGAGACUGAUACUGAGAUAUAGACCGUUGUUUCACGUCGGUUUUCUGUGA